GCAGUACCGUUCUUUUUUACAAACUUUUUGAAGAUUGGAAGCAAGAAUAAAUGUGGCACACUUUCAGCAGAUUUGGGAGGGUCUUGGAAGUCUAUAUUCUAGAGAAGAGGGAUAAGUAUGGAAGGCGAUUUGGGUUUGUUAGAUUUCAAGACAUAAGGGACACCAAAUGUCUUGAGGUAGACCUCGAUCAGAUCAAAGUGGGAGAAGUGAAGAUUCAUGUCAAUCAGCUACGGUUUAGGUGGCAAACAAGGGGACAUGAUCUAGAGCAUCACAAUAAGGACAUAAGAGUUGCAUUCAGUGAUGUAACCAGAAGAGCAGGGGUAUCUUAUGCUGAAGUUGUAAAAGGAAAGGAGGUGAAGGGUCAAGGCUUUGGUAAUGUGGUAAAGAAAGGAGAAGAGUCAAACUAAAGACCAAAAGCUGAAAGCAAUAUGCAAAGGAAAAAAAAAAUAAGGGAAUAGAGAGCCUAGAAUCAU